AUGGAUACACAGGUUGAUCAACACGUAUUACCACAAUCUGCCUCAUCAAAGAAUUCACAAUUUCAACACCAACAACAAGGUCAAGAUUUAGGUCAAGGUCAAGGUCAAGUUCAUUCUACAGUUAAUGUUAAUUUAGAACCUACACAAAAGGAUUCUUCGAUUUUCAAAGAUUAUGAGGACCAUAAUUCAAGUUUAAUAUUUGGAGGAAAUAUAAUAAAUGAUGAUACUGAAUUGUUACCGACAAUAGAAGAUGAAACAAUUGGUGAUAAAACAAUUGAAGAUAUAACUGAAGCUGAUGAUGACACGAUCAGUCCAUUUCUGAAAAAACUUCAAGAAAUGAUUAAUCAAGAAGGACAAAAUAAUGGGAUACGAACACAUUCUGAAUAUUUGAAAUCAUAUUCAUGUGAAUCUUCUAAAGAUGGUGGCGGGAAUGGGAAUGAUGAUACACAAGUAUUAAUACAGAGACAUUACCAUAGUGAUGAUAAUUAUAAUAUUGAAUCUUUUAAUGAUACAAUUCAGAAACAGAGAAGUAAUUCUAAACUUUUCAUACAAGACAAUAUAGAUACUCAAGAUGAUCAAAUGGGAGAUACACAAAUUAUAAGAAAACCUUUGCCCGAUACUCAAAUAAUAGGGAAAGCAUUGUCUGAUACGCAAGUAAUUAAUAACGCGUUACCUGAUACUCAAGUAAUAGGAAAGGUUCUACCCGAUACUCAAAUUAUACAAAAAGUACUACCGGACACUCAAGUCAUAAAAAAGGCAUUACCUGAUACACAGAUAAUACAAAAAGCAUUACCUGACACUCAAGUGAUACCCAAACGUCUACCUGAUACACAAGUGAUACCCAAACUUUUACCUGACACACAAGUGAUACAGAAAAACAACAUCCCUGAUACACAAGUGAUACAAUUGCCAGAAACUCAAUCUCAAAGCUUAUUAUAUUAUGAUUCACAAAAAGUUCUACAUUCAUCACCUGCAGACCAAUCACAGAUAGCCUCGAAAUCACCUUCACAUAAUAAUAAAAAUAAAAAGACUUUUAAAUCCCAAACACAAGUGUUGAAUACCCAAGAUUUAUCUGAUAUAUCUACUAGUGAAGACACAUUACAAGAACAUACCACUCAAAGUGUAAUUGAAAUACAAACUGAUAGUGAUGAUAAUGAUGAUGAUGAUGAUGAUGAUGACAACGAGGAUGAGAAAAUUGAAUCUAAUUAUUAUGAUGAUUCAUUGACUGCUCAUCAAUUUAAACGUAAAUUGCUGUUAAGUCCACAAAAGAUAAAACGAAGAAAUACAGAAUUGAUACCAUCAAGAACAAAUAAAAGUAGUCUAUCAACAACACUGUUGUCAUCGUCAUUAUUAUCAAAUAAUAAUAAUAAUAAUAAUAAUAGGGAUUUCCUUAAAACUCCUGGGUUAAGACAAUAUUCAGUUCCAUUAGUUUUGGCUUCUCCGACAAAUCCAUUAUCAUCUUCAUCACCAUUAAAGAAAAAAUUAAAAUUAAAAUUGAAUAACAAGGGGGAAGUAGAAGAAGAGGAAGAAGAAGAAGAAGAAGUUGAUAAAUCAAUUCAAACAGAUAAAAUUGAAGAAGAUACAACUAGUAUAGAUAUUAUUGCCCCAUUACCUUCUUCACCUAAUAAAGGAGGAAGAGGAAGAGGUGGUGGUGGUGGUGUUAAAAUUCUGUUUGAAGAAGAACAUGAACCUUCUGAUUUAGAAGAAUUUGAUAUUGAUAGUGAUCAAAUAAAAAAGAAAAAUCAGGAUUUUAUUGAAAUUGAUGAUGAUGAGGAAGAGGAGGAGGAGGAUGAGGUAGUCGAAGAUGACGAUGACGACGAUGAUGACGAUGACGACGAUGACGACGAUGACGACGACAAUUCAGAAUCUAAAAAACAAUCAGAUGAAAUAAUCCCAAUUAUAGCACCAAAAUCAAGAAUCAAAAAACGAAUAAUUGAUUUACAAUCAAUGAAUAGUAAUACUAAUGAUGAAGAAGAAGAUAUUGAUUCUAUCAUUGAAGAAGAAGAAGAAGACAAUAAUAAUACUGAACCCAAUAUUUUACGUCAAGAAAAAUCCAACACUUUAACAGAAGAUGAUAUUAUUAAUCAUGAUAGUGUAUGGGCCAUAUAUAAUUUAAAAAUGUAUACGGGGAAAAUCGUUGCCAAAUAUAUUGAAGAUCUGAAUAUUGAAUUUUAUGAAGGAACAUAUAAUAUUAAAAAUGUUGAUUUAAAUGUAUUAGAUAUUCGUAUUGGUGAUACUGUUAAUAUUAAAGGCAAUCGUCAUAAAUAUAUUGUUACCGGAUUAUCAACUCUCACAACCAAUGGUGGUGGUGAUAUAAAAUGUAUGAGGGGGUAUAAUGUUGUUUAUUUAAGAAGGUGUCAACAAAAACCUAAUUCUGGUAAAUUAUCAAAAGAAAUUAGUGUUAUAUUAUCUGAUUGUUUUAUGGAAUUGAGUGAUUGGAUAAUACAUCAACAAAAAUUUAAAUUAAUUAUUGGUAAUUAUAAUAUAUUUAAUGAUGAAGGUAUAUUAUUACCAUCAACACCCAAAAAAUUACAGAAAUAUAAAUUACCUUCAACACCUUUAAAAUCAAUAAAAUAUACCAACAACAACAACAAUAGUGAGAUAAUCAAGCCAAAUUCAAAUUCAUUGGUGGCUGAAUCAGAGUCAGGAUUAUUUCAAGGAAUGAUAUUUUGUAUAACUAGUAUUGAUGGAGAUAGAAAAUUACAAUUAAAAUCAAUGAUUGAAACUAAUGGAGGUAUAUUAUGGGAUAAAGAAAUUCAUGAAUUAUUUCUGUAUCAUGAACGAGAACGAAAACGAAAACGAAAACAAGAACAACCACUACGAAAAGGGUCAGAAAUUUCAAUUUCAUUGUACUUAUCAUGUGAUUUAGAAAUAGUUGAAACAUUUAAUUUUAUUGCAUUAAUAAGUAAUAAUUUUUGUCGAAGUGCUAAAUAUUUACAAGCAUUAGCAUUAGGAUGGCCAAUUAUAUCUGAUAUUUAUAUUGAUGAUUGUUUAAAAAAUAAUCAUCACAAAUCAAAAUGGAUAAAUUAUUUAUUACCAUCAGGAUUAUCGAAAAAAUUAAAUACGAUUAAAAGUAUUGAUAUAUUUAAAUUUAAACAAAAUUAUGAUAUGGGUAAAAAAUUAAUUGAUCAAUUUAAUAAUAAUCAUCAUGUUUUCCAAGGAUUAAAUAUAUUGAUAUUACAAAAUAAAUCUAUAAAUUAUAAUUCAAUGGAAACUUGUAAAUUUAUAUUUUAUGCAUUUGGAGCUAAAUCAUUACAAUAUUUUACAAAGACAGAUCAAAUUAUUAAAUGUAUUAAAGAGGAUUUUUCCCCAAUUUUGGAAGUUGAUCCUAAUAUUACGAUUUAUGAUGAGAGUAAUGAUAUGGUUCAAGUUUUAACCAAUAUAACAAAUAAUACUCGAAAUAAUACUCAAAAUAAAUCUAAUAAAUCAAAUUAUUCAAUUAAAUUGAUUGAUUGGGAAUGGGUGGUUCAAUGUGUUAUAAAUGGAACAAUUUUAGAAUGUUCAAAAUAUACUCUUAGCAUUUAA